AAGUCCGUUUAUAUUAGUACUGAUUUUGAAUAUUGUUCGUUUGAUGUGAUUUAUCACACAUCUAGUGCAACUUCGAUCAUUUUUUUGAAAAGUAAAGUUAAUUUGUUAAUAAAAGUAAAAAAGAUGUGCCGCGCGCGCGCGGAAAAUAUGUGCCACAUUCUUAGUUAUAACAUUUAACAACGAACAAACAAUUUGAUUGUGAGAUGUCGCAAUUUUGUCGCCAACCGCCAGCGAAAUUUGUAGACCAAAUCCAUAUCUAUCUGUAUCCUCUUUAGGAUGUGAUUUGGUGAGUUUUGGUGAUCAUGUUGUGUCCUUUAUUUCUGUGUGUUUUAACAGCAUCAAAGCAUGUUUCCGUAUUGUUUUUCUACACACAAUUUCUGUUGCCAAGGUCUGCGCAGUCAGAAAUUGUUUGCUAGGAAAAAAGAAGCUGUAUAGAGAUUCCAUAAUAUUUCAACAUAUAAAUUAAAGAUCUUUUAUUCUGAAUCUUACAUAUAAAAUUAGUUUAGAAAUAAAAAUCAGUUGUGUGCAUGGCUACUAACAAGACAUACAUCGGUACUGUAUCCUCUUUGCGAUUCAGUUAAAGAAAACCGCGUCUGUAAGCAGCUCGAAUGAUGUUCGGCGAAGAUAUAGUGACCUACAACACAAGUAAAAAGUUAUUCAAAAGAUUUAAACAAGAAAAGUUUGAUUUGAAUGACGAGUUUCGGUUCAGUCAAAAAAAUUUGAAGACAUCGACUUACAAAAGCUAUUGAAUAAAGAUCAAACACAAAAAGAUUCUGCGGAACAGCUUGAUUCACUUGAUUGGAGUAACUUAAAAAACUGUUGGUUUAUGUCUGAAACAAAUGGAAAAAAUGUCAGAAGAAAACAAGUAGAUUCUGCAGACAACUAGAUUCUGUUCUCAGCAAUGACAACAAAAUGAAGUAUUGAGAAAUAUUUCUGUCUUUGCUAUCACAUCUUUAAAAAAAAGAUUUUUUUGCAUCAAAUUAUUACGCGCGCGGAAGACAAAAAUGAAUCUCUCUAUGAUAACAAACAAGAUAGAUAAAAAGUCAAAAUCGAGCAAAUAUAAAGUUUAUGAAUAUAUAUUAAGCAAAAUUUCAAAUACAUGAAAGAACGAAACGUUUCGUUUCUAACUUGAGACUUCUUUAGUCGUAAUACAUUAUAAACGCAAAAAAUAUAAAGAAAAAAUUAUGAUGCAAAACAUUUUAAAAUAUAAAUAGACAAUCAUAUCAAUGGUGUUAACAGUGACAAUACGUUCUUUUUAUAUAUAUCCUCUCUUUCGCAUGUGUGUGUUAAAUUAAUAAAAAAUAAUAAAUAAAAGUCAUACAUUGCCAUAAAGUUGUCUCUCUGUAAUAAUAUUAUACAUGAAGAAACUUAUGGAUAGAUCCUAAACACUUAUCAAUUUUGACAACAGAUAGAAAAAUUCACUGAUAAUUUUAUUGAAUCAAAAAUAAACUUAAUAUUGUUGCUACGGAAUUCGCCAGUUGUAAAGUGAACUAAAGUUAUAAAAAAUAAUGGAAAUUCUUUUGACAAUUAAUAUUUUGACAAUUAAUUCUUUUGACAAUUAAUAUAAACGUCUGUACGAUUUUCAUGGUUUUAAUAAAUUUGCAACACAUCUACAGCAGUGUAUGUUUGCUCCCAUUGGCCUUUCUAUACGACACUUUAUCUUGGAUAUUGGAGCCUUAUAUUUUAUUACUAAUUAAUAUUUUAUUGUGUAAUUUAUAAAUAAAGUUUAAAUGUUGUUAGAGAAAAAGGCACCAAAGUAAAUUUCACAUUUAUACAAUGUUCUAUACACAAUGUAGAGCAGUAUGAAAUAUAUUCAUCGAAUUCUUUUAUAUUCUAGUCAAAUAUACACAUAAAAUAUGUAUGCAUAAAUUAUACAUAUAUGCAUGUGCUUCAUCAUUGCAGACAUUAAAAUACAAUGAUUGAAUUUUAAGUUUUUGUAUCGGUUUUCUUAAACUAUUCUCUCUUAUGUUACCACUAUUUAAUGUUAAUUAAAAACCGUUAGUGGUUUUACUUCUUUAAUUCAUUUUUUACGUAAGUCUUUCUUUAUUCUUACAAAGACGUCAUUGUAAUUGUAAAUAUUAAAAUAUAAACACAUGUACUCUACAUUAUAAAUAUGACUACCUCUUUGAAAAUCUUCUUAUUCGGCCGCGUCACAACGAGAAGUAAUAUCUGCUACAAAAUAUUCUUGCUUCUACUCAACUAACUAAAUAAUAAACUAAACAAAUUAAAUAACUAAAACAAUAAUAAAAUAAGAAGAAAUUGUUUUAUCAAAAAGUGAUAAAAUAUUGACCGUAAAAGGUAAAAUUUGUGAGUAAAGAGAGUAAAAUUAUAUAGCAUCUUCGUGACAAAAAGUAAAACUUAAACGUUAAGAAAAACGAUUGAAAUGGCACUUACAAAUAGUUCCUAUAUUGAUGACUUAAUAAGUACGUCAGAGUCUCCGGACGAUGGUAAAGCUGAAAUUCCUCAAUUCUUUGCUGGUAGCAACGUUCUCAUAACUGGUGGUUCCGGAUUUUUUGGAAUGCUUUUAAUAGAAAAAUUGUUACGAUGUUGUCCGGAUAUAGGAAAGUUAUAUAUGUUUAUAAGACCAAAAAAAGAAAAAUCAUCUGAACAACGGGUCAAGGAACAGUUUGAGGAUCCUCUUUACGAAAGAUUGAGAAAAGAACGACCCAACUUUACUGAUAAAGUAGUACUCAUAGAGGCUGAUUGUUUCGAGCUCAAUCUCGGAUUACUACCAGAAAAUCGAAAACGUCUUUUAGAUACAAAUAUAAUUAUCCACUCUGCAGCGACUGUGCGAUUUAAUGAACCAACUCGAAAAGCAGUAAACAUAAAUAUAAGAGGAACAAAACAACUUCUUCUCCUUGCGAAAGAAAUGCCGAAUUUAAAGGCGUUUGUCUAUAUAUCGACUGCAUUUUCUCAUUGUGUCCAAAACGUUAUAGAAGAAAAGUUUUAUUCUCCGCCCAUUGAACCAGAUAAAAUUUUAACAUUAGUUGAUAUGCUCGAUGAUAAACAACUAGAAAUUCUAACUCCAACUUUAAUAGGUCAAUGGCCAAACAUAUACGCGCUUACAAAGGCAAUUGCCGAAGAGACUGUACGUCAAUACGGUAUCGGAAUACCGAUUUGUAUUGUACGUCCAUCGAUUGUAAUAUCAACAGCAACUGAGCCAGUGCCUGGAUGGAUCAACAAUUUCUACGGAGCAGUAGGCAUAGUAUUUGGUACUGCCAUAGGUCUUUUACGUACUCUACAUUGCAAUCCUGAUUAUACAGCAGAAAUAGUACCAGGCGAUUACGUAAUUUCUCAUAUCGUUGCCGUGUGUUGGGACACCGCCAAAAAGAAAGACACUUUACUCAGUAUUGAGAAUACAAAUCCGAAGAUUCCGGAAACCGAAAAAGUGCCAAUUUACAAUUAUGUAUCGUCGUGCCAAAAUCCCAUUACCUGGAAAGAUUAUAUGAACAUGUGUACGAAUAAAAUACCAGCAAGCGAACAUUGUAUGUGGUACUACAUGUUGAUUCUAAACAAACAUUUAUUUCUUCACAACAUAUCCGUAAUUUUUUUGCACAUGAUUCCCGGUUAUAUAGUCGAUGCAAUACUCUUCUUAAGCGGUCGAAAACCGCAAUUAGUGAAAGUUUAUAAAAAGAUACACAAAUUCGAACAUGUAAUAUCGUAUUUUUCAACGCAAGAGUGGCAGUUUCGCAAUGACGCUGUCUUGAAGCUUUGGAAUCGUAUGAAUCAAAGCGAUCGUCAAAUGUUUAAUUUCAACUUAGAUGAAUUGAAUUGGAAUUCAUGCAUUCUUAACUUAAUUAUUGGUGUGCGUGUAUUCAUACUUAAAGAUCCGCUGGAUUCUCUAGAGAAAGGAAAAGCGAAAUAUAGAAAGUUAAAAAUCGCGCAUUACACAUUAAUGACAAUUUUAGCGCUUUUGUCGUUGUGGUGUGGUAUACGCUUAGUGCUAUAUAUAAUGUCGUUCUUUUAAAUUGUUGUUUAUAUUAUGAUAAUAAGUAGAUAAAUUACAAAAUAUACAUAAA